AACUUCCACCCAAGGGGACGACCAGUCAGCCUGGGCGAGACCGCCGCGACGCUAACCGCGCAGUCAGUCGCAUCGACCAUCGGACACCCCGUCGCACAGAAACAUGCCUCCCUUCGAGAAAUCACAAGAACUGAAACCCUUCAAGCAGAGGAAGUGCCUGGCUACCAGAAAGAAUGAAGUCUGCAGUAUUCGUUCAAAAUUCCCGAACAAAAUACCGGUAAUUGUGGAGCGAUACAUUCGAGAGAAACACCUUCCUCUGCUAGACAAGACCAAGUUUCUUGUCCCCUUCGAGCUCACCAUGGGACAGUUUCUCGCUUUGCUCAGGAGUAAGAUAGACCUGGAGGCUACCCAGGCUUUGUACCUCCUGGUGUCAGAACGAAGCAUGUCCUGCAUGGCAGCCAGCAUGGGGGAGGUGUACUCCCAGUACCGAGACCCUGACGGCUUUCUGUACCUGACCUACGCCUCCCAGGACAUGUUUGGAGGGGAGACAGGGACGAGCCCUUCCUGCUGACGACUGGAAGUCACCGAUCAACACUUUGUCCAAGAACCACAGACUCAUGACAAGUCAAGACUCAAGUCAAGAGGAAUAGUAACCGACAAUUUUCUUUUCGGAUUAAUUUUCCCAAAUUCCUUCCUGUCUGUUGACUGCAGUCAACCAUGACUGCAAUGGCAAUAGACAGGUGGCAUUAUAAACGGGUAAUUACAUAAGAAAUUCAACCCCUCCUAUUUAUUUAUUGACGUUAUUUAUUGCAAAA